AUGUUCCGUCCUUACACUGAGAAAGAGAAGGCAAAGCUUGCCGAAAAGUACACGCCUGCUCAACGCGCCGUCAUCGAUGUAGGGGAAGAAGCCGUUACGAACAAGUACCUUGCAUACCAAGCAUCUGCCCGACAGAACCAUUGGUCACUAAAGUACUACGAUGAUCUAUCAAAGAUUGACCCAGUUGUGGACCAUCCUGUCCGUGCUCCCUACUCAAAUACCGACCCUAAUCAACGCUUGAAGACGGACGACGACUUCGACGAAGACCUCGCGAACUUUAUUCGUAAUCUCCCCGAGAAUGAGGAUAGUCCUGAGGCGGAUGAGGCAUGGACAGCAUUUGACAAGAAGAUACGAUUGACAGUUGGUAAGGAGGAAGGGGAGCGCAAUCCUCGAAGUGCAGCAGCUCCGGACCUCUUCAGACCUGGGGAAGCCAAUCUGGACGGCAAGAUCUUGAAGCUGCCUUCGACUGAUUUGAGGGGAAGAAUCGAAGAGGCUCCACCCGCGUUGCUGCGUUUGAUGCAGAUGACCGGGUUCACCAGGGACCAAAUCAAUGCUCUACGAGUCAAGUCCAUCGUCGACCACCGAGUCGUCAACCAAACUCGGCUGGGGAAGAUUGGCAAAAUGUACUACCUGAGCGUAGCGGGGAAUGGCAAUGGGCUUCUUGGGAUUGGAGAGGGGAAGAGUGAAGAGCCAGGUGAAGCACGACUACAAAGUCAAUACCGAGCCAUUCGGAACAUGCAACCAAUUCUGCGAUACGAAGGACGAACAAUCUUUGGCGAUGUCAAGGGCAAAGUCAGUGCCACAGAACUGGAGCUAUAUGCCAGACCACCUGGUUUUGGUCUGCGUUGUCAGCAAUAUAUCUGGGAGAUUUGCAAAUGUGCCGGAAUCGCAGAUCUCGCCGCCCGUGUCACAAGGUCGAGAAACCCCAUGAAUACCGUCAAGGCAACUGUAGAAGCGCUGUUGAGCCAGAAAGACCCAGAAGAGAUUGCUAGGGCAAGGGGGAAGAAGAUGGUGGACGUCAGAAAGGUGUACUAUGCUGGGCUGGUGUGA